GCCCGGGAGCAGCCGGCUGGCUUGUUAUUGUAGGGUAGCCUGGAAGCGCUGGGGCUGUGGGAGCAGCAGCAGGUGUGAAUAUCGGGCCCCAGCCUUGUCUUUAGGGUGCCAGUGACGUUCGAGGACGUGGCGGUUUAUUUCUCCCCGGAGGAGUGGGCGGCGUUAGCAGAAUGGCAGAGGGAGCUGUACCGGGACGUGAUAAUGGAGAAUUACGAGCUGGUGGCAUCUUUGGGCUCUGCGGGUCCCAGGCCCAAAGCAUCGGCUAGAAAAGCAAAGCGAGAGAAGGCGCCGUAUGUCUGGGACCAUCAGUACUCGAGAGCGAAAGUCCUGAUGCUUCCAGCACAGGGGAACGACACCCCCAACCAGGAGACAUGGGGCGUUUGCUGGCGUCCCAAUCUGGGGGAGAAGGAAUUCGGGUCUCUCCAUGCCCAAGAGCCUUCAGGCUCCAGCUCUUUAAGCGGCAGCUGUGCUAAGGAGCUGGUGACCUUCGAGGAGGUGGCGGUCUAUCUCACCACCGAGGAGUGGAAGGAGCUGAAGGACUGGCAGCGGGAGCUGUAUCAGGACGUGAUGAAGGAGAAUUACGAGCUGGUCACCUCUGUGGGAGACACCGUGGAGAAACCAGAGAUUGUCUCUAGGCUGGAGCGCGGGGAAGAGCCAUACGACCCCAGAGAGACACACAUUCCUGGUCCCCACGGCGUGGCAGGUGGUGGGACCCGGGGGGCUGAGGAGGAGACAACACGUCAUGAGGAAGAGCCGGCAGGGCUGGACCCGAGUGAUAUGCUAAUGGGGAGAGACGCAGCGAGAGUUUCCUUGGGCUUGGCCAGGACCGGAGCCAGCGGCAGUCGGAGUCAGUGCAAAGGGCACCCAGGCCAGGGGAGGCCUCUGGGGAACGGACAGGAUGAAGCCCUGUGUGGCGAGCAGCGGGCCAGGGACUGCCCAGCCAGCGCUGAGCCCCAGAGCAAUGGGGCCUCAGAGCGACCCUGCCCAGAGCCUGAGAACCAGGGGGGCAGCGUGGUGACGGGAGCUGUGCCUCUAACCCCCAUGGCAGAGGGGCUGUAUGUGGGGAGCAUUGGGCAGGGUGGGAAGCCAACAAUGGCGCACGUUGCCCCUGGGGGAGGGGGACCCUACAAGUGUGGGGAGUGUGGGAAGGGCUUUGGCAGCCAGGCCUCCCUGGCCAAGCACCGGCGGCAGCACGCCAGGGCGGGCGCCUUUCCCUGCAGCCAGUGUGGCAAAGCCUUCAGCAACAAGGGCAACCUCCUGCGGCACCUGCAGCUGCACAGCGGGGAGAAGCCAUACGGCUGCGCUGAGUGCGGGCGGCGCUUCCGCACCAAGCAGACCUUCCUGGCGCACCAGCGCAUGCACACUGGGGAGAAGCCCUUCGCCUGCCGCCAGUGCGGGCGGAGCUUCACACGCAAGGAGAACCUCCUGCGCCACCAGGAGACCCACGUGCACAAAGAGCCCCACACUUGCCCCGAGUGCGGCAAGAGCUUCCUGCACGAGGGCUCGCUGCUCCUGCACCGCCGUGCCCACGCAGGGGCCCAGCCCUUCCCCUGCGCCCACUGCAGCAAGAGCUUCAACUGGAAGACGAACCUCACCACCCACCUGCGCAGCCACGCCGGGGAGCAGCCCUCCGCCUGCCAGCAGUGCGGCCAGCAUUUCGGCGACCGUGGAGACCUGCUGCUGCACCAGAGAGCCCAUGCGGGUGGUGGGCUGCUGACAGGCUAUGGCAACGGGGAGACGUUCAGCGAGUUCCUCCAGAUCCACGAGAUGCUGAUCUCCCGCACACACAGCCGCAAGCCCCUCGGUGCCCUCACCAAGUACAAAUGAAACCUGGCUGCAGGGCUGGAGCGGCUCUGCCAGCGUGGGAGCAGGGGAGCACGCCCAGCCCCAUCUCCCAGCACGUGGCAGGAUAGAUGACCCUGCCAAUGCAGGUACGCCAGCAGAGGUACAGCCUGGCUGGGGGGUGACGCCCUGGUGGGGGGAACCCUCCGGAGCUCUGGCUCCCCGGUGCCAGCUCUUCCCGCAGGAGUUUUCCUUUGGGUGGUUAUUGGUUCUCGUCCAGCUAGUUCCAGGUGCUGCUGCCAGAUGUGGGGUGACAGCUGCCCCCUUGGGUGCACUGGUCCCACUGACUCCUAGUGAUGAAGUCUUGCAUCACAUUUGCAGAGCAGCAAGCAGCCAGUGCUGCUCUCUGAGCUCCGAUGUCGCCAACCCUUGCAGGAGAGGCUGCUUGGACAUGCCCCGACAGCCAAUCCCUAGCAGAGCAGAGCUGGGCCUAGGAGGAAUCUUCCGGGCCAGCCCCAGGUAGUGUGCAUGGCUCUGGCGCUCCAGCCAAGGGGUCCCAAGAGGCAGCGCUUGCUGCAGCAAGGUCCGCGGCUGGGAGAGAAGGCAGCGUUCCUGAGGGGGGGUGGGGAGGAGGCGCAGACGGCAGUUUGCUGUAGUCCAGGCUGGGGUUUCAGGGGAGUGCAUGGUGACGGCAGGCUGGGUUAGCCUGGGGCUGGAGAGCCAGAGUCUGUCCAGCAGCCUCCGUCCGCAGUUGCAGUAGGGGGGCUGCCAGAGCAGCCUGGCUUGCUGGUAACGGUCCUGUAGCCACACUGGCGAAAGCCUGGCUGGAGGCACCAUUGGCCAGUCUCAGGUCUCAUUACCUGCUAGGACCGACUCACUGGUGGGUGCUUGUGAAUCCCAGCUGCCCGCCAGCAUCUCAGCUGCAUCACCGCCCUUGCCUGUCCAGCCUCAGGUCACCAUUCUGACGACCCUCUUGUGAGAACCAUAGAAAUGCUGGGCUGGAAGGGACCUCGGGAGGUCACCAGGGCCAGACUCCGGCGCUGAGGCAGGACCAAGAAAACCCAGCGCAGCUCUGACAGGUUCAUCCAGCAGGUUCUUAGAAACCUCCAAUGACGGGGAUCUCCAUGACCUCCCUUGGGAGCCUGUCCCAGAGCUUCGCUGCCCUGGGUUUCUGCAAAUCGCCCUCUUGGUCCUCACUUCACUUGGAAGCUGCAGCUCUCAGCCUGGCUAGCGCCUGAGCCUGUGCUGGGUCCCCUCUGAGAUCUGGGAGUGCCACGUUUCGCAGGGUCGAGCCGUGUCCCCUGGGCUGGUUUGGGGGCUCCAGUGAUGUUGCAGUUCACUUGGGUGAGGGGGGACGGCCAAGGCAUGUUGGCAGCACCAACGGGAUCCUGUUUAAAGAACAUUUUUACUAAGACUGUAAAUCCCCAGCCCAGGUGAGAAAUGUGCCAGCUUCAUGCAGGAAGGGAACGGCUGGCUGACGAAGCACUGAAACGCCGCGUGGCACGUAAAGACACACUCCUGCUGUCAGACCAAGUGUCCAAUAAAACACUUCACUUCUU